AAAAGAAGAAGAUGAUGUGAAAUGGCUGGCACAUGCAUGCCUUCUGUAUGUAUGAUGCGCGCAUCAAGGUCCAGUUCACCGUCGUCUAUAUAUAACACAAGUCCAGUUGGCCGGCCGGCGGCACACUGUGUGCUCUCCACUCGCUGUGGAUCGAGGAUCCCCCAGUUCGUCAUGUACGCGCUGAGACAUAUCCUGGGCUUCUUUGUGGGCGCGGCGAUCACGGCGGCCUUUGUCGUGCUAUUGCUGCCGCCUUCUCCUUCUCCGUGCCCGUGCCCGUGUGGUGGCACGCCGCCGGCAGAUCACAAUCUGGCGUCCUCGGACCAAGCUGCUCUGAAGAAGCUCGAUACGCUGCAGGGGGUGAACAAUGCUGCACGGGAACGGGAACGGGAAGAGGACGACGACGAGAAGCUGGCGGAGCUGCUGCGGAGCGCGGCCAUGGACGACAACACCAUCAUAAUGACCUUCACGAACGAGGCGUGGACGGCGCCGGGGUCGCUGCUGGACAUGUUCCUGGAGAGCUUCCGCAUCGGCGUGAGGACGGAGCCGCUGCUGAAGCACCUGGUGGUCGUGGCCGUGGACGGCAAGGCGUUGGAGGGGUGCCAGCGCGUGCACCCGCUCUGCUACCGCCUGGCAUCGACGGCGGACUUCGCGGCGGAGAAGUCGUACAACACCCUGGGCUACCUGGACAUGAUGUGGGCGCGGAACAAGUUCCAGGCGCGGGUGCUGGCGCUGGGGUUCGGCUUCGUGUUCACGGACGUGGACAUCGUGUGGUUCCGGAACCCGCUGCUGCGCAUCCCGGUGGGCGCCGACAUCGCGCUCAACUGCGACUGGUUCUACGGCGACAACCCCUACGACCUCAACAAGACGGCCAACGGCGGGUUCCUCCACGCCAAGCCGCGGGCGCGGACGCUGGCCUUCUUCGCGGACUGGUACGCGGCGCGGACCCGGUACCCGGGGGAGCACGACCAGUUCGUGUUCGACCAGGUGAAGCACGAGCUGGCGGCGCGGCACGGCGUGACGGUGCAGUUCAUCGACACCCAGUACCUGAGCGGGCGGUGCGAGCCCCGCAUGGACUUCCGCAAGCUGUGCACGUUCCACGCCAACUGCAUCAUCGGGCUGCGGUACAAGCUGGAGUAUCUCACCGGCGUGCUCGACGAGUGGAAGCGGUUCAAGGCCCAGGAGGAGCUGCUCGGCACCAACAGCACCGCGCUCACUUACUGACAUUCUCUCUCUCUCUCUCUCUCCAGUUGCUCGCCGUUACUCUCGAAAUAAUUUGUGCGAGAACUAGUAGUUGGCCGAAAAAAUUCGCCUUCCGUUGACUCUCUGUACCGUUGGAUUAAGAUCCAAUGGCUGCCCAUUUUUGAGCUGGUCUUCCUCUUCCGGCCGUUAACCUCA